ACCAAGGCAACCAGCACAUGAACAAGUAACUUAACAGUCUACACAUCCAGAGGGCAGAGGAAGGAUCCCACACUCACAGAUAUUCUCACGCAAGACUGUCUAACGAGGAAUUGGUGGCUGCUCCUGACAGGCUGUCAUCUCAAGGAAAAGUAAACUUCAACUACAGAGGAGGAUCUGUGCAGCAGGGGGAGAAGACUCAGCGGAGUGAGGGGAGACUGUUGGAUUCACACACACAUUAUCUAUUUCCUUUUUUUUGCCGGACGACGGCUUCAUGGGUGAAAGAUGAAUCUCCAGCCGUUGGGCGACUGUGUGAUUGACUCUGCUGCGAUGGAGGACAUUUCCCAGCACACCCAGUGACUCCCACCGCCACCUAUGCCUCCUGCUGAAUGUGGAAAGCCUAGGAUGGAAGACCCACCAAGUGCUGCUCCGAGGCACUGGCACAACACUCUCGACCUCCACAACCUCAACCGUCUCCCCUCCACAUCCAGCUGCUUCACCACCAUCGCCAACCAGCCAGGGACCACCGCCACCGGGUGACAAGAUUCCAGGAUGUUUGUGAAUUUCCGCCGGAUACGAAAAUGCCAGUGUGUGCAGCUGAUGACCACCUGCCUGGUGCUGUCCGUGGUGAUGGUUUGCUGGGAGCAGCUGGACAACAGCGUAGUCAACCACGUCAAGUCCUACUCCUACCGCUACCUGGUCAACCGCUUCACCUACAUCAACAAGAGCCUCACCAUCCCACGAGAGCAGGCCAGGAGUUUCAGCAACUUCCGCUACCUGCUGGACCACCCGGAUAAGUGCGCCGGCAAAGACGUCCUCCUCCUCCUCUUUGUCAAAACAUCCCCGGAGAACAUUGAAAGGCGAAACGCCAUCAGAUCCACCUGGGGGAACGAGACCUACAUCCAGAACGCCCUGGGAGUGACAGUCAAGGUGGUGUUCGCCUUAGGAGCACCACAGACCCAGAAGGAGGAGCUCUUAAGGAGCAGGAGGAGCGGGGCUGGUUUUCAGAAGCAUCUCAUCCAGGAGGACCGUCUCCAUGGUGACUUGAUCCAACAAGACUUUUUAGACUCCUUUCACAACCUGACCCUGAAACUGAUCCUGCAGUUCCACUGGAUGCACAGCCGCUGCGCACACGCCCGCUUCCUCAUGACCGCUGAUGACGACAUCUUCAUCCACAUGCCCAACCUGGUCGCCUACCUGCAGGACAUGAGCAGCAGGGGCGUCACAGACUUUUGGGUCGGUCGGGUGCACAGAGGGGCGCCGCCAAUCCGCAGCAAAGACAGCAAGUACUAUGUGUCCUUUGAGAUGUACCCGUGGCUGUCGUACCCUGACUACACAGCCGGGGCCGGGUACGUCGUCUCCAGGGACGUGGCGGACAAAAUCUACCAAGCCACGCUGACCCUGAAUGCCUCUCUUUACAUAGACGAUGUGUUUAUGGGCAUCUGCGGCAAUGCAGUUGGCGUGUCACCACAGGAGCACGUCUAUUUCUCAGGCGAGGGCAAAGCACCCUACCACCUGUGCAUCUAUGACCAGAUGAUGACCUCACAUGGUCACGUGGAGGAUAUUUAUGACCUGUGGAAGAAGGCGACCCACCCGCAGGUGAAGCAGAAGACCUCUGGACUCACAGGGAGGCUGUACUGCACAGCUGUGAAAGUGGCUCUCCUUUGUAGACCGUACUAUUUUAACACCUACCCAUGCAAAGCAGCCUUUUUUUAGUAUGACGAAAGGUGUGUGUGUGUGUGUGUGUCAGUGUGUGACAGAGAGCGAGGGAGUGUGUCGUAGGUCAUAAUGAAAGGAGGAUCAUCGCUGCGAAUAUUACCUCAGUCCUUUCAGUCGGACAUCCAUGUCAAAACACUGGAGUGUUUGUGUUCUGUGUUUUCAGAGGCAAAGAGACCAGACGAUUCAUGUUUGUCACUGUCAGUGUGACAUCACCAACACGUCAAUGAGAAUCAUUCAAUCACACUGGCUUUGCACUGACAGCAGAAUGUGUUCAGAUAAUGAUGUUUACAUGUUUCAUCUCAAACCUUCUGUGCUCACAAACAGAAUUUUAAAUUAUUAACUAAUUUAUUUCCAAUCUCAGCCAGCGGAUUACAAGACUACUUUCUGCUCUUCUUGGAUUUUAUUUCCACUGCUGUGAAACACAAAAGGGUUGCCAAAAUUUUGUCACACUCAAAAAUCAAGGUAACGUUUUCUUAACACACGGCCGCACCUCUUACUGGCACUUACUUUAAAAUGUAGAAGUUCCACAUCUGUGUGUUCCUGUGUGCUGUUUGAGCCGAUGUAAGAAAAAAAAAAUACACAGUAUAUACAGUGAUGUGUCAGAUCUAAAAAUGUCUCCGUGUCAUGAAGUGCAAAAUUCCUCACAGUGACGUAGAGUAGACGUGUAAAUGAAAAGACUUUACAGACAGUUCCUGUGCUGAAAAUCACAAUGAUGUACCGAUGAGCAAAGUGUGCGCUCUAAAUUGAAUAUUUUCUUGUCAUAAGAUUUUAUUUCUUUUUGUAAUUCAAUUUGUGAACAUGUUUUUUAAUGAAAUAAAAUCUCCAAAGUGAAAGUUUUUUUUUUUUUUUAAAUUUAUUGCCAGUAGUGGCAUCAAUAAUGUCAGUUUGCUGGCCAGGUUAAACCAUCAGCACCAACUUCAUUACUUUGAGUUAAAACUACAACAUAAACUAUAUUCUCAAAAUAUUUUUUAACCACAGGAUGACCACAAGACUUUAGGAAGUGACUGUGCCUGACACAUAACGCCCCCUGCAAUACUACAACUUCUUGUUUUCACACUUACUUUUGCUAAUCUAAUGUCUGUACUGCCAGCUGAUUAGCUUAUCUUAGCACACAGACCGGAAACAGGCUGACACAGCUACCCUGAGUCUGUCCUAAGGUGACUAAAUCUGCCCACCAGCACAUCUGUAGCUCUUUCAUUAACAUGUCAUGUCUCAUUUGUUAAAUCUGUACAAAAAAACAAAGCGUAGAAACAACACAUUAUGGAUUUUCAGACUUUUUAUAUACUUACUUCAAAGUGAAUAUUUCCAAAUAAUGUCAAACUAUGUUCCUUUAAUUUGGAUAUUUUUUCCAAUUUUGAAGUCAUUACUUCAAGGUCACACAGUUUAAUAUAUUCAGCAUCAUACUUGCCUUUGGCCAUGUCGUCAAGCUACUUCCGUGUCUCUGUUAAGUAGCUGUCUGUCUGUGUCGGCACUUCAAAAUAAAAGCUCUGUGCCAGG